UCCGGGGUCAGGGCGCUCGGGCCCGCCCCGCCGCGGCUGCGGCGCUGGAAGCCUCGGUCCUCCCGGAAGUUCCCGGCUCUGCCUGUCGCGGCCCGGUUCUGUGCCACGGAGGGGCCCAGGGCGGCGGGGAUGGCGGAGGCGGCGCUGCUGCUGCUGCCGGAGGCGGCGGCCGAGCGGGACGCCCGCGAGAAGCUGUCUCUCUGGGAUCGGAGACCCGACGCGAUGGCGCCGCUGACAGACAGGCAGACGGACUCGGUGCUGGAGCUGAAGGCGGCGGUGGAGAACCUGCCGGUGCCCGCCGAGCUCCCAAUUGAAGAUGUCUGCAGCUUAGCAUCCCAGUCACUGCCCAUUGAGCUGACUGCUGUUGUGCCUGAAUCUACAGAAGACAUCCUCUUGAAGGGCUUCACUUCCUUAGGAAUGGAAGAGGAAAGAAUUGAGACUGCACAGCAGUUUUUCUCAUGGUUUGCAAAGCUGCAGACUCAGAUGGAUCAGGAGGAAGGAACUAAAUAUAGACAGAUGAGGGAUUACUUGUCUGGGUUUCAGGAACAGUGCGAUGCUAUUCUGAGUGAUGUGAACAGUGCUCUUCAGCAUCUGGAGUCUCUGCAGAAGCAGUAUCUUUUUGUGUCCAAUAAGACAGGAACUCUUCAUGAAGCCUGUGAACAGCUCCUACAAGAACAGUCGGAACUUGCUGACCUUGCUGAGCACAUCCAACAGAAGCUGUCCUAUUUUAAUGAAUUGGAGACAAUUAACACAAAAUUGAAUUCUCCCACGUUGUCUGUGAAUAGUGAAGGAUUUAUCCCUAUGCUGGCCAAGUUAGAUGAUUGUAUAACAUACAUUUCAUCUCAUCCUAAUUUUAAAGAUUAUCCUGUAUACUUACUGAAGUUUAAACAAUGUCUUUCUAAAGCUUUGCACCUCAUGAAGACAUAUACUGUGAACACACUGCAGACUCUCACAAAUCAGUUACUCAAAAGGGACCCCUCAUCAGUACCUAAUGCAGACAAUGCCUUCACACUAUUUUAUGUGAAAUUUCGAGCUGCUGCCCCUAAAGUCAGAGCUCUAAUUGAACAAAUAGAACAACGAUCUGAAAAGAUACCCGAAUACCAGCACCUGCUCAAUGAUAUCCACCAGUGUUACCUUGAUCAGCGGGAGCUCCUUCUAGGCCCCAGUAUUGCCUGUACUGUCACGGAGCUAACCAGCCAAAAUAAUAGAGACCAUUGUGCCUUGGUUCGCAGUGGCUGUGCCUUUAUGGUCCAUGUAUGCCAAGAUGAGCACCAACUUUACAAUGAAUUUUUCACAAAGCCAACGUCAAAAUUAGAUGAGCUUUUGGAGAAAUUGUGCGUGUCGUUGUACGAUGUGUUCCGGCCAUUGAUCAUCCAUGUCAUUCACCUAGAGACUUUAUCAGAGCUUUGUGGCAUUCUUAAAAACGAAGUGCUUGAAGACCAUGUACAGAACAAUGCUGAACAACUGGGGGCAUUUGCAGCUGGAGUAAAGCAGAUGUUGGAAGAUGUACAAGAGAGGCUUGUAUACCGGACCCAUAUCUACAUUCAGACGGACAUUACAGGCUACAAACCAGCACCAGGAGACUUGGCAUACCCUGAUAAGCUAGUCAUGAUGGAGCAAAUCGCUCAGAGUUUAAAGGAUGAGCAGAAGAAGCUACCCUCAGAAGCUUCCUUUUCAGAUGUCCGGUUAGAAGAAGGAGAGUCUGGCAGUUUAAGAAAAUCUGGUUCAACAGACUCCCUCAAUCCUAGACCACAGAACACGAUUUCUCCAGCAGAUCUUCACGGGAUGUGGUAUCCCACAGUGCGAAGAACGCUUGUCUGUCUCUCCAAAUUAUAUAGAUGCAUAGAUAGGGCAGUAUUCCAAGGAUUAUCACAAGAAGCAUUGUCUGCCUGCAUACAGUCCUUGCUAGGAGCAUCAGAGUCUAUCAGCAAAAACAAGACUCAGAUUGAUGGACAACUGUUCUUAAUUAAGCACCUUUUGAUUCUUCGUGAACAAAUUGCUCCAUUUCACACUGAAUUCACCAUUAAGGAAAUUUCCCUGGACCUCAAGAAAACUAGAGAUGCAGCAUUUAAAAUCCUGAACCCUAUGACUGUUCCGAGAUUUUUUAGGCUGAAUAGCAACAAUGCCUUGAUAGAGUUCUUGUUGGAGGGGACUCCUGAGAUCAGAGAGCAUUACCUGGACUCUAAGAAGGAUGUAGACCGGCACCUGAAGUCCGCCUGUGAACAGUUCAUUCAGCAGCAGACCAAGCUGUUUGUAGAGCAGCUGGAGGAGUUUAUGACAAAGGUGUCAGCAUUAAAAACCAUGGCCAGUCAGGGAGGCCCCAAGUACACCCUCUCACAGCAGCCUUGGGCACAACCAGCAAAGGUCAAUGACCUCGUGGCCACGGCUUACAAGACAAUAAAAACGAAGCUGCCACUGACGUUGAGGAGCAUGUCACUGUACUUGUCCAAUAAGGACACCGAGUUCAUCUUGUUUAAGCCUGUUAGGAACAACAUUCAGCAAGUCUACCAGAAGUUCCAUGCUCUGUUAAAGGAAGAGUUUAGCCCUGAAGACAUCCAGAUCAUUGCUUGUCCUUCAGUGGAACAGCUGAACCUCCUGCUGUCAGUUUCUAAAUAGUACCAUUGGACUGUGGGUGUCACCGUCUGUCCCGUGGGAGAGGCCUGAGGAGUCCUGCAGCCUGCAGGGUGCCCAAGACCCCUAUGUGGGAUGGCUCUGGGGAAACACGAGCAUGCUGCUUGGUGUUGCCUGCAGAAGGAAACCUGAGCGAAGCAGAAGAUCAAACGCCAAAGAUCGACAGCCUCACUCAAAUGGUCUCCAAAAAUGGAGAGGUCUAAGAGGUGGCCAUGGUUCACAGUGAAACGUUCCUUCACAGAGAUUGUGCAAUAAAAGUAGGUUACAGUAAAUAGUGCAAAGUACUUCAUAGGAACUCAGCUCACUGGAAAGCUGCUGGGUCACAGUUGCUCCUGUGGACACUGCAAGGCCUUUCUUUAUCCACCGGGUAUCCCAUGGUGACUGUUACUUGGAGAAAUCUUACUUCUAUAUCCUGAUGGAGUGUUUCUCCCUGCCAUCUUGAAGUUGAGUUGGGAGUAGAUUGGAUGCUUCCAAGAAGACUUCUUGCUUUUCCUGGACUCAAGCUAUUGUCUUCCUAUGGACUUGAUGUGAGGCAGCUACAAGAAGCCAAGGCCUCACGUAAGGUCCUCUCCUGAACUGUAUUUUCCUCACUAGACAGAUGUGUCUUGAUAAUCAGAUCUUCCCAGUAUGGGCAUCAGUGUGUGAGUAGGAGUUACCAGUGAUGGGGUCUUAAGUCUGACACAUCCCAGGCAGAGGGAUGUCUGUGGAAGCGGGUCUCAGGAGUGGAGCUUAGUUGCUGGCCUUCUGCUGGCCUUGGUUGCAGUCCUUUAUAAAGUGAAUACUCUUUAGUUGCCCUUGCUGUACAAGACACCAUCUUUCUGGGGUCCCCAGUCCUGCAACAGCCAAACACCUAAUUGUGGCAAACACUGCCCAUACGUUAAACACUACACCAGUCAAGGGUCAAAGGACUAUACGCAUCCCUGAAUUUUCCUACAGAUCCUCUCUGAAUUUGGGAUUGGAUUGGUUUAGAGCCUGGUGUUACAGUAAAUGUAGCCUGCUUCUUCAGUUACUCAAACUGUAGAUGUGAAGGUAGGACUGUGCUGAGGGCUCUGAAAUAGGGCAGGUGACCUCAUGGUGCAGGUGGAGUGACAGGAGCAGCCUCUUGCACAGUGUGCACGUGGGUGACCCAUCCUGAUGCAACAGGCCACUUGUUUUUCAACCCAGUUUAAAUCGGUGGUGGACGUUGCUUGGUAGAGCAUAUUACUCUAUAUUUUGGGAAACUCGAAGGUAAGAGGGUCCAUAUUUUUCUUUGCUAUGAAAUGAACGAGUUAAGGAAGAUUGUACUUACUAUUUUAAUACAUGUCUAAUGUGAUGAACUGUAAUAUCCAGUUCUGUGUAUUAUAUGUACAUUUGGUGUUCAAAUAGCCUUUCCAAAGAAAUGAGGGCGUAAUUGUGCAGCACUGUGAUCCAGUAGUCUGAUCUCAGAGCAGGGUGCGUUCUCCAGGAGACACUUGUCCUUGGGUUUGAUUUUUUUUUUUUUUUUUUCCUGAAAACACUCAACACCUUACCAAGUGCUGGGAAGGUGGUACUGAUUCAGUUUGUUUGUUGAAUGAAUAUUUGUUUAAAUCUGUACAGUUUCAAGUGUUUACUUAUACAGAGUGUACAUACUUUGAAAUAAUUAAUUUAAAUGCUUUAUAUUAUUUAGCUAGAAAUUGCUGUUUUUAAUAAAUAAAAAUUUUUUUAAAAAAAUAAAGAUCUUUGCUUCCUA